AUGUCCAACAACGAAUCAGCGAUUCUCAAUUCGGAGAUUUUGAAUCGUUUCACAUUUGGCUGGACCGAUUACACUUUUUUUGCGAUGAUAUUAAUGGUCAGUGUCCUCAUCGGAUUUUAUUUCGGGUUUUUUAGCAAACAAGACACAACUACGGAAUAUCUUUUGGGUGGAAAAAGAAUGGGAUUUUUUCCAAUAGCAAUGAGCAUAAUUGCCAGCCAUGUAUCAGGAAUCACAUUAUUAGGAGUUCCAUCGGAAGUUUAUCAAUACGGAUCUCAAUACGCGGCAUGCGUUCUCACAUCGUUUCUUUCGUGUUCAAUAAGUGCUUACGUAUUUCUUCCGGUUUUUUACAAAUUACAACUGACCAGUACCUUUGAAUAUUUAGAAGUCAGAUUUAGCAGACCAGUUCGAUUACUUUGUUCUUUUUUAUUUCUAAUUUCUUAUAUCAUGUAUAUUCCUAUUGUAAUCUACGUACCAGCAUUGGCAUUUUCUCAAGUAACUAAUUUUAGUCUGCACACCAUCACACCGAUCCUUUGCGCUGUUUGUAUCCUAUAUACAAGCAUUGGAGGAUUAAAAGCAGUUGUGUGGACGGAUACGAUACAAUUUACUGUUACAGUCGGAGGUUUAUUCGCUAUUCUCUUCUUAGGUAUAAAUUCGGUUGGUGGAAUACCGGAAGUAUGGAACCGAUCUGAGAUGGGUAAUCGUUUAAUAUUUUUCAACAUGGAUAUCAACCCUUACACUAGAAAUACAUUUUGGGCAAUGACUAUAGGAAUGACGAUAACGUGGCUCGUACAUCUUGGUGUACAUCAAGGAGUUAUUCAAAGGUGUCUUUCGGUACCAAAAGAAGCAGAUGCUAAACGAGCACUAGGUGUGACAGCUAUAGGUUUGGUUCUCGUAAAGAUAGUUUCCGUUUUCACAGGAUUAAUCAUAUACGCUAAAUAUUUUAAUUGCGAUCCUUUGCUUUCCAAGAGAAUACAAAGGGCCGACCAAAUUCUACCUUAUUACGUGAUGGACGUGGCAGGAAAUGUACCAGGACUACCAGGUUUGUUUUUAGCUGGUCUUGUAAGUGCAGCUCUUGCUACAAUGAGUGCAAGUUUGAAUACUAUGUCCGGCACAAUUUAUAAAGAUUUUAUCGAUCCAUGGAUUCCAAACGGACCAAACAAAGAAGCUCGAGCAGCUACGACUAUGAAGAUAAUCGUACUUAUCAUAGGGGGAAUUUCGGUGGGAUUAGUGUUCGUCGUCGAACAACUUGGCCCAGUUUUCCAAAUAUCCGUUAGUAUGCGCAGCGUAACCGAUGGCCCUUUACUCGGUUUGUUUCUACUCGGAAUGUUGGUCCCAUUGUCCAACGCUCAAGGAGCCCUUUUCGGUGGUUGCGUAUCUUUGAUCAUAAUGUUUUUCUUAGCCGGUGGAUCGGAAUGGUACAUGACAAAUGGACAAAUUCGUAAAAUUUCAUUACCAUUGUCCAUCGAGGAAUGUCCAUAUCCGUUAAACGAAACAGAAAUUACUACACGAAGACCAUUGACAUUAGACGAAGAACCAAUUGGUAUAUUCAAGAUAUCUUUUCUGUAUUUUACCUUGAUAGGCGCGAUGCUGGCCGUUGUAGCCGGUAUUAUUGGAAGUUAUGCGUUUGGUAAAGUUGAUCUAACUCAGAUUGAUCCUGAUCACAUUUCUCCGAUAAUGAAAAGAUUUCUACCGCGUAAAGAAUAUGUUCAAGUAUCAUUGAAACCAACGUCAGAGGAAUUAGAAUUGAGCAAGGACAUUGAUCGUCAAACGGUGAAGAAAUUUAACGAGUAAAAAGGAUAUAGGAUAACGUGGCUAGAAAUAAAGUAUACGUGUCUUAUCAUAUUACCAAGACAAAUAUUUUAUAUAAAUAAGUAGCUUCAAUGAAAAUACAUGAACGAGAUGAAGAAUCGAGGUUGAUCCUGACUGGACUGGACCAAACAGAAGGCACACGCAGCUUCUUUAUCGAUUUGUAAGCGCAAGCGCCUGCCGACUUUGCUGUUCUCGGCACGCAUCGACGAAUCCCGGCUAUUUUCGGCUACGCAGUACCGUUUCAAACAGCCUGUCGCGGCGAAUCCUUAUUAGAAGAGUGAUCGUUUAUCGUUAGACCGCGUUCGAAUCGUUCUUCGAAGUCGCCAUCAUCAACAUUUUGUUAUUCCUUUUAGAAAAUAAAAGAAAAGAAGGAAGGAUCUUAUUUAUUCUUUUUACUAGAAGAAGAAAAAGAGGGAACCUUUGCUGAGUAAUCGAUUCAACGAGUUUGAAUAAACGGACAACGACACUGAUGACAUCGAUGACGCCGACGACAACGAUGGCGACGACGUUAAUAACAAUAACAAUAACAAAAACAAAAACAACAACAACAACAACAACAACGACGACGACAACGCUGAACAAUGAAGUAAAUAAUAACGAUCGUGAAAUAAUGUUGAAAAUAAUCAGAAAUUGGUCUGAUAUGAUAUUUCGAUACUUGUCUUGGCACGAUUUGGCAAACCUCCGUGAUAGUAAAUUAAUAUGGGAGAAAAAGUUUAAAAUAAGAUAAGGGGGAAUUCAAUCGAACGUUAUGAUACAGCCCUGGUAAAUGUUCAUCGCGGCUGCUCGGAAGUGGCCGGUCGUCGUCGAGGGUAAAACGACCGCGCCUACACGUGGAGCAAGCGCCAGCCGUUCUUGUCUCGAACGUAGUUUCGAACUGAAUUUCGAACGGAGUCCCGGAGUCUCGGCUUUGCCGUGACACGAUCAACAAGUACGCGGCGAAACGAUGCAUUGCAUAAAAUCCGCUUAAACUCUGCUUUGCAAUACUUCGGUUAACUUUCUCUCUCAAGCGUUAGUUAAUAUCUUUCGUUAUUCCGUUUCCUUUCUCUCGAUUGACUGCAAUGCUUAUUAUAGUUCGCCAGAACAUUAAAUAAUCGUCAGAAGAAGGCAGUGUGCGGUAGUAGUUUUUUUACGAUUAAAGUGUCGUGUCAGUCAACCAGAGAGAUAGAAAGAGAGAGAGAGAGAGAAAGACAAAUAAAUUCAAAGAUCAUCAAGUUGUGAUGAAAAUUUCUAUCGGAAUAGUUCAUUUCAAAUAAGGAAUAAGGAAAUGCGCGCUAUUUGUUGGACGCUUUGAUGAUUACUUUGAAUAAAAUAAUAUUAAAUUCGAUAUGACUAAACGACAUGCAUUUCUUCGACUUGACGUUCGUAGCUCGAGAUAUAAUAAUGCUACGAGGGAAAGCGCGAAGAUUAUUCCACGGAAUGAAAAAUGUACGAAUGUGACCGAACGAAUUCCAGAAAUAAGAUUAACCGAAGGACAAUUCAGGAGGUGGAAUAUGUACUUACGUUAGACGGCUGCCUUGCUUUUAAUAAUAGAUAAAAACGUAGGGGCGGGCUCGUGCCGGAAAAAGAACGGAAACAUUUCCGAACAAUUUGACGACACCACAGUUCAACGAAGAUCUCUCGGCUCUGAUUUCAUCGUGCGGAUCCUUUUCGACAUUCUCGAUUAAAUGUGUUCCAGCUUUUUAUUAACCCUCGAUUUGGCUCGUUUUAUAAAAAAUCGAAAAAAGAAGAAAGGUGAACGAACAAUCCGUGAUCUUAACGUCGACAAAUACUUUGUUCCUUUCUAAUGUUCGAUAAACGAGCAAGAAAUUGAGAUAGGAUUCCUCUUGAUCAAUCGAUUACGACUGGAAUGAUCGAUUAUUCCUACUCUUCCUUAUUGUUUCCUUCUUUUAAAUUAUACCUAAUAUGUGGAUAAUAUUAGAAGUUUAUUCAACGAUGAGACCACAGAAAUCAAGAAAUCCUACGACAGUUAUGUCUUCUUGGAAAUGAUGUCGUUGCCGCACAAAAGUCUUCUUGGAUCGUCCAUACUGUUAAUGAUUGCUCUAGUGGCCUUAUUGACGAGCAAGAGAUACGGUUUGGAAACUCGUAAAAAGGAUAAGGAUGCUUUGUUGCUUGAUAUUAUUGCAAACAUAAGCGGAACAAUAGAUAAACUCAAUGCUGGGUUCGACGGGAUGGCGAUAGAAACUGAAAUAGCAAAAAAUCGACUAAAGCAACUGGUUGCCCUUCAUCGUGAGAAUGCUGCAAUUUGCGCUAUAUUACAGGAGCAACGAAGAAAAAAAAGAUUGAGGAAAGAGACUAAGCGUACGUGACGAUUCCGAAACUGUCAUAUUAAGAUGUCAAAUAUUUGCCGAGUUUUACAGUUUCCGACUUAGAAUUUUAGGUGCAUUACAUGUAAAUUCUAUGCUAUGGUACGAAACGGUAAAAUUCGGAUUAACUGGAUUACACAAAAGAAAUAAUAAUCGAGUAACAUUGAAGCUGCUAUGUUCUCUCUAAAUAGUUUUAGAAAGAUACUUAUCAAAACAUCUUUUUAAAGUAUAUGCCUCUUCUUACGUUACGACACAUAUAUAAAUAUAUUAUAUUCUAUAUUAAAGUUAGUUUUUAGCUUUGUGUGACCUACCGUGGUAUUAGGGAAGAUUUUCCAAUAAGCCAUAUUUGGAAAAAGAGAAUCAUUAUUAGCAAAUCUAAAGUAUUCAAAAGAGAUUGGCCAUUGGCAAGACGAAAUGUUUAAACUAGAUUUACAAAUGUGAACGUUGUUGAGUAAAGUCUGACAUCUUGAGCUUAUUAUUAGUUACAUAUACUAUACGUACAAGAUUAUAUAUGCGAUAACUUUUAACGAGAUACGGAACGGCAAAAUAACUUUCCAGAUGAAACUUUGAUCCUUUACACACUUUGUAUUAGUUGCCAAUGUAUGUAUAUAUAUAUAUAUAUAUACAUGUAUGUUGUAUAUGUAUGUACAUAUAUAUUUAUGUUAGAAAGUCCAGUGAUACGUUUUCCUCGACAUAUCUUUUAAAAAAACAAUUCGAUGAAAUUGACAAGUACCCGCGCAGAUAUAAUUAAAUCUUAUCUAUAGAUUCAUACAAAAAAAAAAUGGAACGAACGACUUAAUUGCGGACUAACGAAGAGGUUACUUUACAUAUAGUAUUAGAUGCCUAAAAGUAAUAGUAAUCGUUCGUUCAAAACAUCAUUAUCGUAAUAUUUAGUCUAAGUAAUAAAUAAACGAAUAAAACAAUUUUAUUCUAUUCGAAAAAAAUCUAAUCCAAUAAUUGCCUUUUAGCCUUUUUAACACGUUGAUGCCUCUUAAGAGAUAACUCUAAAAAAUAAAAUAAAUGAAAAAGAAAAUAUCAUAUCGUGACAAUCAUCCGAAGAGUGAUUACGUUUUUUAUCCUUGAAAUAUUAAACGAUAGAAAAUUUAUUUUUCAUAAUCGUUGUUUUAUUUGCAAAUUAAAAAAAAAUAAUAAAGAAAUAAACAAAUUGAGAAAUAAAGCUUAUUAUUCGAUACAGGGGCCAACGAUCCUAUAUAUAUAUACUGUGUUAUUAAUUAAAUAAGAAAUAUAAUUGUCGAUGCGGAAUACUGUCCCAAUCGUUUGGUAGCCGUGUCGCGAAUAUGGAAAAUCGAUCAAUACUUUAUAGUUAAAAUACGUAUAUGAAAUACCUUACUUUUGUAUUAAAAAAAAAAAAGAAAAAAGAAAUACGAACACCGCGGUUACAAUUAUUAUCGAUUUCCACUUACAUUUUCCGGUUUGUCGCAAAUAAUGUCAAGAACUUAUAAAUCAAUCUCAAAUCGAUGAUUGUUCCAUUUUGAAAAUACCGUAGAAAAUGGGCGAGUAAAAUUUUAUUAUAUCUAUGUAAAAUCAUUCGUAUGUGUGUAUGCGUGUACGUAUGUAUGUGCGUAUGAAGAAAAAUACAACGAAUCCGCAUCUUACAAGGAGACAUUACAGUUGAACACGAACGGAUUUUUACGAGCUUUGGUAUAUCAGUAGUAUACUUUUAAAAUGUUUUCGUGGUAAAGUAUUUUCAUCCGUUGGCCAGCAAAUUUUGAGAAAAAAGCUUUUAAAGUUUUGCUUUGUCUUGUAUAAACAUAUGCAUAUUUAUAUUCUUUUAAAUCUAACUAUUAACAAGUGGCGCGCCAGUUUAAAUAGUAUCGUUUUCGCUUCUCGCACCGGUAAUUAAUAUUCGAUUCUCCCCGUGGGGGAAGUUUUCUUUUUUAUAAGUUUUUCUAUCCAUAAGUUUUAAUAAUAUUUUUUCACAUUUCUUAAUUUUUAAUUAUAUAUAGAAAAGAGAAUUAUAAUUUUAAUAAAGACUAUGUAAUUUUAAUUACUGCCACAUUUUAAUAGUUAGAUUUAAAAAAAUAUAAAUACAUAUAUACACAAGAAAAAGCAAAACAGCUUGUUUUUUUUAAAUUUGCUGGACAACAGAUGGAAAUAUUUUACCACGAAAACAUCUUAAAGGUAUACUACUGAUAUACCAAAGCUCGUAAAAAUUUGUUGAUGUUCAACUGUAAUGUCUCCUUGUAAGCAAGAUUACAUUCUCAUCCUUUACAUUAAAAACAUGUUAAAGUGCAGUCGUGUAUGCGUAAGAUGUACACGUAAAUUUCUGUAGUCCAAUGGAUUAUUUCUUAGGAAUUGAAAACAACGUACACGUUGCAUUUAAUAAUAUUAUAUUAAAAUAUAUACGGUUAUAAGCAAAGGAAAUAUUUAGGUGUUCCCAUUUAUAUGGUCCACCCUGUAUAUGUCACAUAGAGGCGUCUAACUAAGGACCAAAGUUAACAAAAAGUGUUAUUUAUUUGUGAAGGCAUAAGAUCCAAUUUGAAAAUUGUUAUAUUCCAUCAUGAAUACAUGCCUAGGUCGUCUUCAAUUAUUUUUGUAAUCCUACUUGAAGAAAUGAAUAAAACCAUUUGACAU